GGUUGGUAUCUCAACAUUUCUCCAUUCAAGUCAUUUCCCAUAGUGUUUUUUUCGAAGCACUAACUGCAAAUUUGCAUACUAAUAAUGACCGGAGUAUUUUAUUUACAUCAAAUUAUGUCAAACAGUUUAGAUUGUUCAGUCAUACCAUAGUGUUUAAAAGUUUGGACAUUCUGAAGAUUCAAAUAAAAAUAGCCAUGUGCACAGUUUACUUGAUCAUGUCAAGUUACAGGUGAAAGAGACCCUCUUAUGGGAAUAAUGGAGUACAGAAAUGAUAGUGAGUUCAAAGUAAGGCUGAGAGGGAGUAAUGGGCGAGGAGAUGAACCUAGGAGAGCAAAAUUGAGAACUCCAGCUAAAGCAGCUCCUGCCCAGCGGCGAGGACUUCAGCGGCAGCAGCACCUGUGCAUGGGGAGGAACAGCCCCUGGGCGCGCGUAGGCAGCAGCUCGCCUCCACUAGCGGGCGGCAGCAGAGCACCAGCUCGCCUCCACCAGCGGCCGGCAGUAGAUCAGCACCUCGUCUCCACCAGCGGGCGGCAGCAGAGCACCACCUGGGCGCGCGGGGGCCGGGAGGAGCCCCUGGCGUAGGAGAGGAGCGCGGGGGUG